AAUAAGAACAGCUAGGAGCUCGGAUCUCGGCUCUUCAUAUAUCAUAGCAAAAGAGAAAGAAGAGCAGAGAGAGGGAAAAAAAACCAGAGAGAGAGAAAAACACCCACAACUAAGCUCCAAUGUCGUCGACCACAACAGUUCUACCACUGAGAAACAUCCCCGGCAGCUACGGCCUCCCGCUACUCGGAUCCAUAAAAGAUCGGCUCGACUACUUCUGGUUCCAAGGAUCCGACUCCUUCUUCCGCACCCGAAAGCUCAAAUACAAGAGCACCGUCUUCCGCACAAACAUGCCUCCCUCUUUCCCUUUCUUCUUCGAUGUAAACCCCAAAGUCGUAGUCCUCACCGACAGUAAGUCCUUCGCAACCCUCUUCGACAUCUCCACCGUCGAAAAGAAAGACGUCCUCGUCGGCGAUUACAUGCCCAGUGUUAAUUACACAGGCAAGAUGCGCGUCCUGGCCUACCUCGACCCCUCCGAGCCUAAACACUCGCUUGUAAAGAACUUCGCCAUUGACGUACUGAAAUCGAGCUCCAAGGUCUGGGUAUCCGAGCUCUUCAGUAAUCUUGAUACAAUGUGGUCCACCAUCGAGAGCGAUAUCUCCAAUAACGGAAGCUCCAUCUUCCUUGUACCUCUUCAGAAGUGCCUCUUCAGGUUCCUAACCAAGAGCCUGAUCGGAGCGGACCCCGCGGCCCGGCCCGAGAUUGGAGACGGUGGUUUUGCCUUGUUAGACAAGUGGCUGGCUCUGCAGCUGCUCCCCACGAUUAGUAUCGGCGUCCUUCAGCCGCUGGAAGAGAUCUUCCUCCAUUCCUUUCAGUAUCCGUUCGCGCUCGUGAGCGGAGACUAUAAGAAGCUCUACCAAUUCGUAGAAGCUGAAGGGAAAGAAGUUGUAGAGAAAGGAAGAAAAGAUUAUAAUCUCACCACCGAAGAAGUCAUCCACAAUCUCCUAUUUAUACUGGGAUUCAACGCGUUUGGAGGAUUUACGAUUUUCCUCCCAAAGCUGAUCUCGACUAUAGGAGGGGAUAAAACAGGAUUGCAGGCGAAGCUGCGAGAGGAAGUGAGGAAGAACAAAGAGCCUUUGGGGUUCGAUGCGCUCCGGAGUUUGGAGCUGGUACAAUCGACGGUGUACGAGGUGCUGCGGCUCAACCCACCGGUCGCGCUACAGUACGCACGGGCUCGGAAGGACUUCGUGCUGAGUUCGCAUGACUCGGCGUACGAGAUUCGGAAAGGGGAGUUGCUGUGCGGGUACCAGCCGCUGGCGAUGAGAGACGAGAUGGUGUUCGAUCGACCAGACGAGUUUGUACCGGAUCGGUUUACGGGGGAGAAGGGAAGGAAGCUGCUGGACUAUCUGUUCUGGUCCAACGGACCGCAGACUGCGACGCCGGGCUCGAGUAACAAGCAGUGUGCGGCUAAGGAUUAUGUGGUGGCGACUGCGAGUCUGCUGGUUGCGUGGAUUUUCACGCGGUACGACGAGUUUAAGUGCGAUGAUUCGUCCAGCGCGAUUACCUCGGUCGUGAAGGCUGGAGAAGGUAAGUGAUUGUGAAUGUGAGGGGACGCGAUUUUCUGUAACCCGUGGAAGCUAUGUGGAGCUGGCCGUUAGGUUUGCAUGAUAUCCAGUCCGUUCAUAAGUUUUUCCAGCUAAUUUUAGGGCAUGGUCCCAAAAAUAAGGUGGAUACAAAAAUAUAAUCAGCCACGCCACAUGAUAACAGUAGUGGUUGAAAUCUCGCCAUUAAAACCUUCAUGGAGUCACUAAAGUUUUGGAUCAGUGUGAUAAUUGUAUUUCUAUUCAUCCAUCCUGGUAGGAACAAUCUUUUGAACGGUUGGAUGCUAUAUAAACAUCAUGGUGAGCACAUGAAAGUUUCAGUGACCGGCUUUGUUCAAUCUCCACUGUUUACUGUGUGACCUGGCCCACUUGAGUUGAGAUAUGCUUAUUUAAAUGUCAGCUGAUGGACGGAGUGGACAGCAUAUACAGACAUUGCAGUAGGCUUUUUAGAGCUUCUACCUACACCUAUGCACGGAGUAAAGGAAAAGUCGCGUCUAAUGUGAUAUGUGUGUUUAAUCUCCAACGCAAGAUCAUGAAAUCUACCCAUCCAUUCGGUAGGCCUUGAUCUAAAAAAUCAGGCUAAGUCAACACCAAUCCUUAUUGUGGGCAUUAGUGAGAGGGUUUAGGGUUUUAAAUGGCAUAGAUUUUAAUUUACCUUGUUUGCUUAUAUGUUCUUGAUGGAUCAGAGAGACUGCAGGAAAGAUGAUAAAGUAUACUUGUUGGGUUAUGAUUA